UGCCCCGAUGUCUGCCCCACCACCUUGGCCGAGGUGAAAGAGGCCAAACGCCUACUGGGUCCCUUGGGCGAUAAGGUACAAGGCAUUUUUGUCACGCUCGACCCCGAGCGGGAUACGCCUGAGUUGUUGAAGAACUACACCAAAGCCUUCCACCCCAGCUUUAUCGGUCUGCGCGGCAACCCCGAGCAAACCGACAAAGUGGCGCAAGACUUCAAGGUGUACUACAAAAAAGUUCCAGGAAAAACACCUAAAACCUACAGCCUGGAUCACACCGCUGCCGCCUUUGUCUACGACCCGGAGGGGCGCCUGCGCCUAUUUACCCGCUACGGCAGCGGCGCACAAAAACUCGCAGACGACAUUAAAAAGCUCUUCUAA